AGGCAUACCCGGAAGCUUCGUACGUACUACCCCACGUCCGUUUACGCUCAAGUGCAUAACUUUUUGCAUCAGCACCGAAUAGGACGUGACAUUUUUUGACGUUUUAUGAUUUUAAAAAAGUCAAUAUUUAACUAGAACACAUGUCGAUAAGGUGGAAUUUUUAGCUUCACGGCCAAGAUGAGCGGUCUUUCCUUUCUAUUGCUUCUUUUGGUUGGGUCGGCGGAGCUCCGGAGCCACGUCCGCCUCCCUCCGCCGUCCGCCCCGGGGGAGGCGCACCCUGGCCGGGCUGAGGAUGCCUCGGCGGUGCCCCGGACUGGUGCGGAGACUCGAGACGACCCGAGCGGAUACUUCACCACCCCGCGGCUUGACCCCAACGCCGGACUCCUGGGGAAUUCGUCGUCUACGUCCGGCGGGUGGCCGCAGCCGCUCGGGGAAGCCUCAUACUGGGCUUACGCGUUGAUGCUGCUGGCCCUGGUCCUCUUCUCGGUGGGCAUGGUGGGCAACCUGGCGCUCAUGUGUACUGUGUGGCACAACGUGUACCUGCAGAGCGCCUGGAACUGCAUCCUUGCCGGCAUGGCCCUGCUGGACUUUCUGGUGCUUUUUUUCUGCCUGCCGAUCGUCGUCUUCCACGAGCUAACUUCCAGGCGCCUGCUGGGAGAAGUGUCCUGCCGCCUGGUGCCCUACCUGGAGGUGACAUCUUUGGGCGUGGCCACCUUCAGCCUUUGUGCCCUGAGCAUCGACCGCUUCCGCGCCGCCACCGCUAACUCCGCCCCCAGGCCCGCCCCCGAGUCCUGCCACUCCAUCCUGUCUAAAAUGUCUGUGAUCUGGCUGGGCUCACUGACGCUGGCAGCACCUGAGCUGCCGCUGUGGCGGCUGCGGCAAGAAGCCGCGGCGGCAGACGUGUGUGAGCGCGAGCCAUCAGAGCGGUUGCCCGACGGCGUUUACUCGCUGGUGCUGACCUAUCGGGAGGCUCGGGCCUGGUGGAUGCUGGGCUGCUACGUCUGCCUGCCGCUGCUCUUCACGCUGGCCUGUGACCUCGUCACUAGACGGGUGUCGGCGAACCGACCCGUCGAAACCGUCAGCAGACGCUCCUCCUCUUCCGCGUCCUCUUGCAUAUCGUCACCUACGAAGAAGAAGCAUCACCAUCAUCAGCGGCAUCGACGCCAGCCUCAGCUCCGCUCCAUCGUGGCGUGGCUGACCGCUUUAUACGUGGCCUGCAACAUACCCGACAGUAUUUGCAGCAUCACGUUAACGUAUGUGGAGGUACCGGCAGGGGUGACGGCAGCGGCGAGUCUGGCCGGACACUUCUUCCUGUUCGCCCGUUGCGCCGCCACGCCUGUGCUGCUUCUAUGCUUGUGCCGCCAACUUGGUCAGGCCUUCCUAGACUGCUGCUGUUGCUGCUGCGACGAAUGCCGUCCCGAUGCGGCGCCGCCUUCGCCGUCCGCGGCUUCCUCGCCGACAACGAUGUCCCUGGCGCCGUCAUCCAAAAUGGACGAUGACGCCUCGCGAGCCAUCGGAACUCCAUGCUGAGUCGACUCUUUUGACAUUGUUUGGGACUUGCUAGGGUUUUAAAAUAGGAUUAGGGUUUGGAAUUGGGCUUUUUAGAAAUCAAAUUUAGAGAUAUUUAGAAAUUGAAGUUUAACCCCUUGAUGCCUGAAUUUACAUUUAACAUACUGUAUCAUAGACUUCACCAUCAGUUGACAAGACAGCGCCAUCAAACAUUGCGCCACGCUUUGCCGUUGGGGGCCGACUCAGGCUUUGGCUUUCACUGUGAUAAACUUAAACACACUGCGUUCAAACACUGGAUUUAGGUGGAAAAAGGACGAAUGCUUUACUGCAUAUAAGCAGGCUGGAGUGUCUCAAGCAAGGGCGUAGGUUUGCAUAGGAAUGGUAGGGACAUAACACUACCAACUUUUCAGGAUGCUCAAAUUGUCCCCACCAACUUUUAAGCAACUUUAUUUGGAUUAUAUGAUGAUUAUAAUUGAUGAUAAUUAUUAAUAAUAAUAAUUUAUAGUGACUUCCCAUAUGUUGUAAGUAUAGAAUUGACCCUUCCAUUAUUAAGUAAUUACUGUAUUUUCAUUAUGUUCAGAUUUACAUUUACCCCUUUUCACUUGCUGAAUGUGGCCGUCCAAUUUUUUCCCCUCAAACGCACGUUUGAUUGGCUGAUGACCAGUGUUGUUAAUUUUACUUUAAAAAAGUAAGUAAUUACACUUACAAAUUACUUCUCCCAAAAAUUAAUUGUGUUAGUAACUCAGUGACCUGAAUGUAAGAGUAAUUAGUUACUUGGCAAAGUAACUAGUGAUAAUUUUCUUUCUCUUUUUUUCUCAAAAAAAAAAAAAAAAUUAAAAAAAAAAAAAAAAAACAGGUCACACGAUGUGAAGUUUAAAGGGUUUUGGGGACAAUUGGCCCUUGCCCAAUUCUUUACCCUCCACUUAACUAGACACAAGGGUAUUGCGAUAACUAGAUAGUAACCUUUACUAUGUGUGGAAGUCAUUUAAAGUUAUGAAUCAACCGUUAAAGUUGUUAAAAUUGCUCCCGUUAUUGCAUUAGUUCCCUUCUGUCUACUUUCAACAUGUGUAAGUUUUAAAACUGUUUCAUCGUUUAAAGAUAAAUUUAAGUUAAGAUUUUGCCGAUUUAGGAGCAUUUUAGAUACAAAAAAAAAACAAAAAAACUUAUACUUCUAUAUAUAAAUAUAGAAAAAAUAAAUAAAAUACUUCUCUAGGAAGGAUCUCUACAUCAGAGCCUUCCUGAGAGGUCUACUGCUUUAAGAUGGCGGCUGUUUACUAUCGCAUGUAGUCCUUAAAACAUGUUGCCAAUGCACCCGUUUCUGCCAUUUGCAUCUAGUUCCAUAAUAUGUCAUAUCUACCGUAUCAUGUGGGCGUAGUUUGUAGGCUAUGGCUACAGUCAGGUAUUAUUGGAGCCACCUAGCAUCACGUUUGCAACGGCGUCUUCCCCACUCCUGCUCUUCUCUGUCGUCUCCGUGAGUCCGUCUCUCUCAGACCUUUUUUUAUUCAACCAACUUAGUAACGCAUAGUAAUGCACGCCUUUCCUGCCUCAGUAACGGUAACAGCGUUGCCAAGAUGAGAAAAGUAAUGAAUCAGAUUACUCAUUACUGAAAAAAAUAACGCCGUUAGUAACGCCGUUAUAUUCUACAACACAGCUGAUGACAAGAACAAACAAGCAGGCACACUCACACAGCCCCAACAGAAAUACAUGUCAACAUGCCGCUUUCUCCACCCCUUUCAAAGUCGAGGGAUAUUAGAAUUUUUUUUCGGCCAGCUGCAGCAGCAGCCACUGUCAGUAGACAUCAAUGUUGUGGAGGUGGGGAACACGCCACUAAUUUUGCUACUGAAAGCCCAACCCGCAUCACAGUUAGCAUAACAUUAAACUGUGUGAACUUGCUAACCUGCAAAACUCGAGUAGGAAACAGAUUAGAGAUAAGUUUCCUCCUGUAAUGUAUGUGUUUUCUACUUUUAACUUUAAUUCAACUAUGCAUUUAUCCAUUGAUUAAUUUUUUUUUUUUUUUUCUCCAUCAUUCAUUGAAAAAUAAUUUUAUUUGCAGCCUAUGCAGACAUUUCUUUAAAAAAAUAACACACACACCAAAAACACAACCACUGUAAAUUUCCUUGAUAUGAAGACAGUGGGAUUUCCCCCAUGAAAAUAAAUUUAACUUUUUUUCAUUUUUACGUAGGCAACACAUAUGCAUAUUUCUGAGAAAUUUAGCCCUGACCCCCGUCCACCCAAUCUAUUUGGUCUUAUUAAUGUUCCGUCCCCAGCAAAAAGUGUAUAUGCAGGUUAUGCUGUUAUAGCGUCCCUACCAAUGUUAAGACCAAAUCUACGCCCUUGGUCUCAAGAGUGAUUUGGUCAAGGAUUCAAGGUAAUUAUUGUAUAAAAUAGCACCAUGCAUGUACUUUGAAACGUAAAAAAUGAAUGGAAAAAUUAGCGUAACUUGAAAUAUUUAUGUAAAAUGAAUGAUAACUGCCCAGUUUUUUGCUUUUAACAAAUAAUCUAGAUUGUUCUAUGUUCAUAUCUACAGAAAUUCCGGGAUGUACGCAUUUAUUUACAAGAAUUUUCACCUUAAAAAGCUCUUUGUUUUGUGAUGGCUGCCACGUUGGAUUACACAAUAGUGUAAUUUUAGCUUGAAAUAUUUCCGUAAAAUGAAUGAUAACUGUCUGUUUUUUUUUGUUUUGUUUUUUUUUGCAUUCAACCAAUAAUCUAGACUGUUCUAUGUUCAUAUCGAUAGAAAUUCCGGGAUGUACGCAUUUAUUUACAAGAAUUAUCAACUUAAAACACUCUUUGUUUUUGUUUGAUGGCCGCCAUCUUGUAUCCAUACACAAUAGCGUAAUUUUACAGUCAAAUGAUGAGGUAAUUUUCGGCUAACUGCCCGUUUUUUGGGGAAACAAGUAGUGAUUUAGACAUUUUUGCGGCCAUACAAAAAAAAUGGGCCUUUUACAUGUUUUAUGUAACAUUUCAAUCAAAAAACGACGAGGGCCAGAUAGCCAGCAAGACGUGCUGAACCAAUACAGUCCCUGACAAAAGUCUUGUCGCUUAUCCAUUUUGU